AAAAACGAUAGAAGAUUGUAGUUCAUGAGAAAUUUUUAAAUUAACGAAGCUAACUUUUUAGUUAACUUAUUUGUUAACUUAUUAGUAUUAUUUGAGUUAGUUAACAUAUUUGUUCCACUUUCCACUACUGGUAUUACAGAUAUUCCAUGAUCCAGUUUGUUUGUAUGCAGUCAGCUGGGAACUAUAAACAGCAAAAAAUUAAAACUUGAUAGAAAAUAAAAUCGAAAGUUAUAAGAAUCAUAAUUAAAAGUUCCGUUUCAUAUUCAGUUGGUUGCACUUUGGUCAGCCAUGAAAAUUCUGAAUGACUUGUUCACAAAAUAUUUGCGUCCUAGGAAUAGGAUACUGACCAAUCCUGGUGGUAACAAAAGAUAUAUCCAUUUACAACGACCGGUAAUGGUCCAGUCGAAAAUACUCGUGGACAGUUUGCAGAUAAAUUUUGAUAAACUUGGGAAUGGACCUCAUCCUGUUCUUUGCAUGCCCGGUGCUUUAGGUUUUAUUGAAUCUGAUUUUGGACCAAUUCUUAAUAAAUUUGAUACCCAAAAGUUUACGAUCAUCACAUGGGACCCUCCAGGUUACGGAAAAAGUCGUCCUCCAAAUCGAGACUUCUCUGGGGGUGCAAAAUUCUUUUAUCGCGAUGCAAACUGGGCUAAUAACUUGAUGCAGGCUCUUGGCUAUAAAAAGUAUUCUAUACUUGGGUGGAGCGAUGGAAGUAAUACAGCAAUGGUUAUGGGCUUUAAGUACCCGGACGCUAUUAAGAAGCUAGUACUUUGGGGUGGAAACUCAUUCAUCACACAGGAAGAUGUCAACUUAUACAAAAAGGUUGAGAACAUCGAUAAUUGGUCAGCUGGAAUGAAAGCCCCGAUGAUUAAAAUGUAUGGCGAAGAAUAUUUUCGCCAGUCGUGGUCGGCAUGGACAAAACUUUUUGUCGACAUUUUUGAAACAGAGAGGGGCGAUUUGUGCAAGGAAGGCAUAAAACAAAUCUUGAAGCCAACUCUUAUCCUUCAUGGCAUGAAGGAUGCUAUGGUGCCAUUUGAACAUGCAAAGUAUAUCCACAAUAAUAUUAAGGACUCCCGGCUCCAUGUAAUGCCGGAAGGGAAGCACAAUCUUCACAUCAAAUUCGCAGAUGAAUUUAUUCCAAUAGUUCAAAAGUUCUUGGAAGAAUGAAACUUUUUCUCCGUAAAUUGAGCAAAUAAAAUAAAUCUGCACACGAUUACCGUUCUGCUUCACCCAUCA